CCCCAAAGCUGCAUUCAAGAUGACAAGACUGCAAAAUAUUGCAGUUAAUGAAUGAGACCGUCGUCAUAAAACCGUGAAGCGCUUAAUUUAGUUAACUUAAUUUAACUUAACUUAAACUUUAUUAACUUAAUCAACUCCUGAGAUCACUUUAAUGAAUAAAUAGGUCUGAAAUUGUUUAUAAAUGUGGCCAUUUAAUUAACGUUCACAAACAAAGGAAGCUGAAGAACAGUCUUGAACGCGACUUGAAUGUUUACAUCACGAUGGUGACUGUAGUGGAGCUGCUGGGUCUCCUGCUGGUGUCAGUGCUGUGGGGCUGCACCAACCCUCUCCUGAAGAGAGGCACAGAGGGGAUAGAGAACAUCCAACACAACAACAACAACAACAGAAUCUCACAGAUACUAGCUGAGGUCAAGUUUCUUUUCCUGAACCUCAAGUACCUGGUCCCAUUUCUCCUGAACCAGAGUGGCUCUUUGGUGUACUAUUAUACACUUUCCACCACAGAGUUAUCGCUUGCUGUUCCUGUGGCCAACUCUCUCACCUUCCUUUGCACUCUGCUCACUGGCAAGUUACUGGGCGAAGAGUUUGGAGGCAAACAGGCUGUCGCGGGAAUGUUCCUCACCAUGGCCGGCAUCACUCUGUGCGUUAUAAGCUCCAUUGAUGGAAAAGACGCCGAGAAGCAGAAUAUGACCCAGACUGCUGCAAACUGACGGAGUUGAGGAUUAAAACAAAUACUCCUAUACCGUCAAGUGAUUCCUUAGCAGGGGACGAACGUUGUUGGAGCGGGACUAGAGGGGGGCGAUUUAGAUUCAGACAGCGCCUCCACAGAGCAACGGCCCUGGUGAACACAGCAUGAGCUUCAAAAGACCUGUCCAGAGACUCUAACACCAAGUUGAAGGGGAACUGGGUUCAUGUAGGAGUCACCUAAAGGCUAGACGAGAUUUAUGGCGCUUGCAUAGAAGUCGGUGGCCGUUAACGUUUACAUUUAAGCACUCCGCUGCCCCGCCAUGUGACCAGCAUCUGCAUAAACGCUAUAGAGACCACAUACAAAUAAGGCUGGGGUUUCUAAUGGACCAAUUAGAUUCAACCUUCUGGUUUAACAGGGACAUUUUAAUGCAGAUGCCUUCUGUCCGCUGCGGUUGUGUGUGCAGGACACAGGAGAGGACGAAUUGCUGUUUAACUUGAGGAUAAAACUGUUUUUCAUUUAUUUCCCCUGCUGUCUUGUAUACAUGAUGUAU